AUGAUCUCACAGAUCCGGCAUUGUAGCUACAGGUUUUUUACUACACAUAGAAUUUCCAUUGUUAAAGUAGGCCCUGUGCAAGUCACGAAUGUGGAUUUUCCAGUAGAUGGUGCAGGGAGAAGGUCACCUAAAUUCAACACUCGACUUCUUCUGAAUGGAAAAAAUGUCCACCACGUUUGGUUGGUCUAUUCCAUAAGCAAAAAUACAGUGUUAUGUUUUUGUUGUAAAUUACUUUCAAAUGUGACUUUUUCUCUUGGUAAAAGUGGUUCCUCAGACUGGAAGAACAUGACUGCUAUCAUAUCUAGCCACGAACGCUCUGUCCACCAUGUAAAAGCAUAUCUGGCUUGGAAGGAAUUGGAAUUACGUCAAGCGUCAGGUGAAGCUAUUGAUGUACACCACCACCGCCUUUUGAAUCAAGAAACAGAACAUUAG